AUGUCACAAGGUACUUUAUAUGUUAUGGAUCAAUCCCCAAGAUCGUUUGUCUUGGAAGAUAUUGUCAAACACUACAAAUUAGAUGUUAAAAUCACCACUGAAAAAGAUGCUGCUUACAAUGCCAAAUUCCCAUUAGGUAAAACCCCAGCCUUCAUUGGCUCAAAAGGAUACGCCUUAACUGAAACAAUUGCUAUUGCCAGUUACUUCUUCUCAUUGGUUCCAAAAGAAAAAUUGGGUGGUUUGUUGGGCAAGAAUGGUCAACAAUAUGCUGCUAUUAUUAAAUAUGUUUCAUUGUUUAAUCAAGAAUGGAUUGAUACUGUUGCUCCUGGAUUCAAGAUGGCCAUUGGUAAAUUGCCAUUCAACAAAAAGAUCAGUGAUGAAAAUUUGGCUAAAUUGGAUAUCUUGGGUAAGAUCUUGGAAACUAGAUUGUCUGAUUUCACUUAUUUGGUUGGUGAAAGAUUAACCUAUGCUGAUUUGUUUGUUGCUGCUGCUUUAACUUUUGGUUUAUCAACUAUUGUUGGUGCUCCAUUCUUGAAGAGAUUCCCUCAUGUUGCUAGAUGGUUCAAUACUGUUUCUAAGGCUCCAUUCUGGGAAGGUAGAUUGGGUUCAUACAAGCCAGCUGAUCCACCAUUGGCUUUCACUCCACCAAAGAAGGAAAAGAAGGAAAAAGCCCCUGCUUCUGCCGCCGCUCCAGCUAAGAAAGAAGCUGCUCCAAAAGCCGCUGCUGCUGAUGAACCAGCUCCAUCGGCUCCAAAACCAAAACAUCCAUUGGAAGCUUUAGGUAAA